CUUCCACCUCUCCUCCUCCAACAGCGCAUGAGCCAUGUGGGCGAUGAACAUGUUGGCAUCGUGUCCCCACACACCGUCACACGUCACCACCAGUGGGCAGAAGGUCACGCGGAAGUCGCAGACGGCCGAGCGGUAUUUCUUCUUCUUGGCGGUCUCGUGCUACCUCAGGAUGGACUUGGUCGAUCGGUUCUUGGAAGCGUAAGACGUUGCGUCAGGAUCCGUAAUACAGAUGUCAAACGACGCAGCCGCCUGCCGCUCCCACACGCCUCGAGCGACGAUGUCCGCCCUGACCCCACCCUCCCCCUCCUCUCCCUCCUUCAACACCACCUCCCGACGCACACCAGCGUCACCCCAUGCCAUCCCGAUCAGCUCGGCAAAAGUGUCCCGCAGCUCGUUGUGGAGACGAAUCAUCAGGCCGUACCGCUUGCAGCACAGCGCAUGGUCGACGGUGAGGGGCUGGUUGCAGUGGUCGCAGCGUGCGGUGAGGCCGAGCGGGUGACGGCCGUAUCGUAUGUUGAGGGCAUCUCAAAACUCCGCAGCAUCAAGAUCAGUGUUGCUGUCUGUUAGCGGGAGGGUGGUCAGCCAGCCGGACGUCUUGUAUUCGGCGCUGUGGGAGAGGACGCGAUGGCGCCGGCGGUCGACGUGCGACAGGGCGGCUUCCCUCUUGGCUUUGUAGGCGGAGUCCUGCGGCUGCUUGCUCUGGGCGAGGGCGUGGCGGAUGAUAGCACGAUGGUCGCCAGGGUGGAAAGGAGCCUUGCCUUGGAUGGACUUGGAUACCACCUUGGUGCUCGCGCGGGAAGCGGGGUAUGCGGCUGCGGCUCGGUCGAGAGGGUCACAUAUACCGGUGCCGCCAUGUCGGGCCGGCAGCAGCAUCAGGUCGACCUCGGACGGCGUCACAGGGCCGCCGAGGAGGGCCGGCAGCAGCUUCUUGGCGAUGGCCUCGCGGAGGGGGCUGAGAGCGCACUCGUCGGUGAGGACGACGCGAAAGACGUAGUCCCAUUCCAUCCGCAGAGACCUCGUCAUUGCCGCAUGGGCCGUGUGCGGGAAGUUGCGGGUAGCAGAGACGAGCGCGCGCACGCCGUGCACCCACCCCUCGACCUUCUCGCAGAGGAACGCCGCCCUUUCCCCCUCAUCGCCCACAUAGCCGCCCAGGAACCUCUUGCCCGUGACGAUUUGCACCCCCUCGGGCUCGAAGAGCUCCCUUGCGAUCUGCUCGAGCUCAAGUUUGACAACGAGGAAGCACUUGGCGGCCUCCAGGUGAUAGCCGUAUGAGGGACCGAUGCGGCGCAGGGCUCGAAACCACACCAGGAUGCCGUGAAGCUUGCCGAGUGCCGAUGAGUCAUCCGCAUGCCAGCAUUGUCGCAGCGAAGCGUCAGAUGAAGAGGCCGACAAGGCCGACAAACUCUCCUCCUCACUAACUCCAACAUUUUCUACAUCAGAACACACACGCACACAUGCACCAUCCCCCUCUGCUUCUGGUGGCGUGUCACUGGCUUCUUCUGGCCUCUCUUGCGCUUCUGAUGGCGUAUUUUCGUUCUCGUCCGUAUUUGACUCAGACCCAUCGCUGUCACGGAACACACAUAGGACAGAUCAGGUCUGCAUGUAGACGCAGCGUACUGCAGGUGGCCGACUACUGAUCUAUAUGGGAAGUCAGCUAUUUUCGCUAGCUCCGUCUCUGAAAACUGACCACUACGUAUAGUGAAGCUGGGGCCGAUAGGUAGAGGGCAAUCGGCCGGCGUACAGUCAGUCAUAUUGAACUUGGCUAACACAGCAUCCAUGUAUUAGCUAGAUGAAGUGUGAGCUGGCCAUUCUGUCUAUCUCGACUGACUGACACACCCAAAAACGUACUUACAUCACCCAGAUCCUCAACUACAAACCGUUCAUUCAGCCUGUCUUGCAGCCACGCGUAUCCCUCACUCGUCGAUGCAACUACCAUAUCAUCUACAUAGCGUGCGAGCAGAAUACCGAGAGACGGCUAGUAGUACAGACACGUCUCAUUACGAUUAGAUAGAAAGCCCAAUUUAGACAAAUACGAAUCGAUAUGCACAUGCCAUGCACGAGGCGCACCGGGCAGACCAUACAAUGCCUGUUGCAGCUCCACUACACACCCAUCUACUUUAUAGCCGUCAGGAAACUCACACCACACAGGCUCAUGCAAGGGAGAGUAAAGAAAAGCCGUCUCUACGUCCAUGUGCUUUAAGUCAAGGUCCAUCGCAGUAGCUGUGCUG